UGGUAUGCUGGCCACUGCCACAACCAACAUUAGCUAUAAAACUCAUUUGUAAUGACUUUUGGGAAUGGCAUGCAUUUGAAACUUAUUGUGUUUUGAUGAUACAAAAUGAUGGAUGCUAUCAAAUCACAAUCCAGUCCAGUAUGACCAAUGCUGCAAUUUUAUGUGUCAGUCAGUGUCCAGACCCAGUUUGUGGUAGAUGAAGUGAGCAACGUAAUCAAAGAAGCAGUAGAGAGCACCAUUGGUGGCAAUACAUACCAGCAAGCAAAAGUCAACCAGUGGGCAUCCAGCGUCGUGGAAUCCUGCCUUGGUGCCUUGACAAAGCUUCAGAAACCCUUCAAAUAUAUUGUGACCAGCGUUAUCAUGCAGAAGACUGGCGCCGGCCUGCACACGGCCAGCUCCUGCUACUGGGACAACAGCACCGACGGCAGCUGCACCGUCCGCUGGGAGAACAAGACCAUGUACUGCAUCGUCUCCGUGUUCGGAUUGGCCAUCUGAGCGGCGGCGGCACCGCCGACCCCUGCCCCCCCCCCCCCCCAGUCCAGUGCACGUUUGGACUACCCUUGCUCGCCUUCUUUCGUUAGCUCGCUAGUAACCCAGGCCACGGUGAGGCAUUCCAUGGGACUAACGGGUUGCUAGGUUUUACAAAGUGUUCUUAUCUAGUCGGGAGACAGCUGCUGCCGACUUGUCGUUAGGUUGUGUUUCCACAUGUCCAUGUAAAUACAUAGUUUAACUUAAA